CAGCCAAGUCCUUUUGUAACAUGGCGUCUGAAUCUGCUGCCAGGCGUCGCCUGGCAUCGACAUAUAUAUUUGGCUGUUCUGCGGAGCCCAUGUUAGGUGCAAGGUUUGUAACAGUAGAAUCGGAACGCUUACGCCCUAGCGUAAGUAUGGAAAAGCCGGCUGCCACAGCUGUAGAAAGCUGUGAUAACGGGUCUGCCAACGGCUCACUCACAUGUACUGGAGAGGAGGAUGAUACCGAGGGAACAGAACGCAGUAGAACGGCACAUCGCACAUCUGUAACCACUGACGCCAAGGAUGCUUCCCAGACCAAGCCGAUACUCAAGAACGGAGCCAAGGAAUUUGGCAACGUAUACAAAAUGCACGAACCUACCAUGUUUGGCGAUUGGAGCCACAUGGGUAGGGUCAGCGACUUCUAAAUAGAACUCUGUGUAAUAUAAUUACUCAGU